UUGGGGGUGGAGGAAGGACCUCCUGUACCUUCUCCCCUUUCCUUUCUCACUCUGACAGGCUGGGGCUUAAGGCGCUGUGGAGCACCGAAGCGGGAGGGAAAGAACAAAGGACGAAAGUGGGGAGGGGAAACCGGAUUGGGAAGGGGACGAGCCCCCGACCCGACUUCUAGGGAUCAGAGAAGCCCAAAGUGUCAGUUGAAUCCUCUCCAACUCCGAAGCGCCUGGGACUGUAGCGCCUGGUGUAGCCCUAACGGCCGGAGCAAACCCCCACCACCACCUUCUGCAAGUUACGGGGGAGACUGUUCUGAAGGAGGCAGAAGGGGAAAAAAAGGAAAAAAGAAAGAAAGAAAUCCCACCCCUGGCUCUCCUUGUCUUCCUUGGGCAUUCAGAAAUAGAAUUAUUUCCGUCUGGUGGAAGUAGAAAUCAAGAAUGAAAACUAAGAAAGGUGUUGUUCCAGUGUCUGGCAGUGAGACUGAGGAUGAUGACAAUAUGGAUAUUCCUCUGGACCUUUCCUCAUCAGCAGGCUCAGGCAAGCGGAGAAGACGGGGUAAUCUGCCCAAAGAAUCUGUACAAAUUCUUCGAGACUGGCUCUAUGAACAUCGGUUCAAUGCUUAUCCUUCAGAGCAAGAAAAAGCUUUAUUAUCCCAGCAAACACACCUAUCCACACUACAGGUCUGCAAUUGGUUCAUCAAUGCACGCCGCAGGCUCCUCCCUGACAUGCUGAGAAAAGAUGGCAAGGAUCCAAAUCACUACACUAUUUCCCGCCGAGGGGCCAAGAUUUCUGAAGCUAACUCUAUGGAGUCUGCCAUGGGCAUCAAAAACUUCAUUCCAGCUUUAGAGGAGAGCUCGUUUCAUGCCUGUACAACUGGACCAAACCAGAGCUUAGGAAGGCCACUCUCUCCUAAGCCCCCUUCCCCAGGAUCGAUUUUGGCCCGGCCCUCCGUGAUUUGCCAUACCACAGUGACUGCAUUGAAAGAUGCCCCCUUCCAUCUGUGCCCGUCAGUCAGUGUCGGACAGAACACAGAUAUGCAGCAGAUAGCAGCCAACGGUUUCACAGAUACCUCUCUCCUGUACUCAGAGGACACGGGUAAAUCUGGACCAAGUGCAAAUACCCAGAGUGGGCUUUUCAACACUCCCCCCCCAACCCCACCAGACCUCAACCAAGAUUUUAGUGGAUUUCAGCUCCUAGUGGAUGUUGCCCUCAAAAGGGCAGCUGAGAUGGAGCUUCAGGCAAAACUGAUGGCCUAAUCGUUUUUUUCAAGCAGCAGGAUUCUCAGAAAAUGUUUGUUAUGGUUCCCUGAGUGAAGUCAAAAGACUAAUGACUGCAUUAUUUUAUAUAUGUUUUUUUAUUAAUAUUUGCACAAAGGAUUGCUGAAAUGAAGCUUCCUGUUACUGAGAUGUCUUCAAUGGAAUAUAGUCAUUCCAAGAACUGUAAACUUUAAAGCUACUGUAGAAACAAAGGGUUUUCUUUUUUUAAAUGUUUCUUGGUAGAUUAUUCAUAAUGUGAGAUGUUUCCCAAGAUCAUGUGAUUUUUUUUUUUUUUUCUUAUUCCCACCUUCUCCCUUUAUUUUUGUUGGUAUUUCUUUCAGACUGUGCAAUACUUAGUAAAGCUAUAGUCUUCUUCUCAUUCCCAUGUGGAACAGGAUGCUGACAUACUGUCUACUAAAGAAAUUUUCAAUUUUUUUAAGCAAGUAUGAACCUAGUUGAUUGGUGUUGCCUUUUUUCAUGAUGUAAUAAAAUAUUUUCUUUAAAA